CCUGCAGCCGUUCCCAUGGCAUCCCGCCGCUGGUUGGCGGACGGAACUGCCUGUCAGCGAGCGGCGCUUGCUAUUGGUCGAAGCUUUGUGGGGGCGGGCCGGCAGGCAGCCGAGGGGAUGGAGGGCGGCGAUGCGGGCGGUGGCGGUGGGCUGCUGCAGCAGAUCCUCAGCCUCCGCCUGGUGCCUCGAGUCGGUAACGGCACCACCACGUACUCCAGCCCGCUGUCCACAUUCCCAGAGAUGUGGUACGGCGUGUUCCUGUGGGCCCUCGUCUCCUCGCUGUCCUUCCACGUCCCCGCCGCCCUGCUCGCUCUCUUCACCCUUCGGCACCACAAGUACGGCCGGUUCAUGUCCGUCAGCCUCCUGCUGAUGGGCAUCGUGGGACCCAUCACCGCCGGCAUCCUGACAAGUGCAGCUAUUGCUGGAGUUUACAGAGCCGCUGGGAAAAAAAUGAUUCCCUUUGAAGCCCUCAUUUUUGGAGUGGGUCAGACAUUCUGUGUGGUGGUGGUUUCAUUCCUACGGAUUUUGGCCACUCUCUAGCUUUCCUUCAGAUGCUGGUGAUUGAAAAUGGAAGGGAAGCAAAGCAUCUGGUGUCUGAAGCCAGUAACGAGGGAGCACAACUUGGACGGUGCCUUGAUGUGUGUUUCCUCCCCAGUACAAAGCUGCACAAAGGCUGCUCCGGCCUCAGGCCAGUGGCAGGUCUCCGUGACUGUGGUAGGCAGGAUUCUCCUUGCAGAGCCUGGCUUGAAGGGCUGUAUGCCACAGACAUGGUGGAGAACAUCCUUUCUGUAACUUAUCUUGCUUAUGUAUUAACCAUAACAUCCAGGUUUGUUCUCCUCCAGCACUGCUGAAGCUGUGUCACCAGCCCUGAGCGAGCACUAGCAGCCAGGCUCUGCUUGCUGGCCAUGGCGUGCCACUAAAUGGGGCUGCAGUCUGCUUCAGAAACUGAGAUGAUAAUCAUUAAUUUCGUUACAUUUUUGUAACGCUAAGUGCCAAGUGAAACUGUGUUUUCCUGGAGGAUAGGAAGGAUAGGAGGAUAGGCUCUGGCAGAGACUUGCCGACGUCUUGCAGGUGACAAAUUGUAGCAGCAGAGUAACAGAACUGCUGGGGGGUGAGAACAUGGCUGUAGGCCCUGUGAUGCGUUCAGAGCUCACUGAAGUCUUUGACCUCUUCCUGCUUUGCAGUGAAUCCAAAGCUCUUUUAAUGUAAUUCAUUUUUUUCUAUUUUUUUCUUCUUUUUUUCUUUUAAUGAGAGAAUUCUUUUAUUGUUUUCUUUUCUGGCCCUGUCUCCCUCAUGGCAGGUCAUGGUCAUAGUGAGACCGGGGAGCAGCAAAAGGAAGAACCAUUUUAAAUGGAUGAAAGUGCAAAAUUGUGGCUGAGAGCUGUGAUUCUGAACACUGAGGUGUGGGACAUCAUCAGCAUAAAAAUGAUUGUGGUCUUUAUGAAUUUCAUUGCAGUGAAACUCUUCCAAAGCUGUACUUCCUGCUCAGGAGCCGCACCCCGCUGCUCUCAGCAGAACUCUUGGGGUGCAUGAGUGUGUGCAUUUGCUUUGAAAGAGUUCAACGUGGUGUUGAGCUCCUUGCUCUACUUUUACUUGUUGAACGUAGGUGUGCAACGGAGCACCUUUGCAGGUACAUGGACAGCACAGUUAGCAUAUGUAGAACUCAGUGCUCUGCCUCGGUGACCAUGUGGUCACCAUGUGAACCUGGUGACUUUUUCAGGCACUGGGGCAAUGUGUUGUGUUUUAAACACCCAGCCCAUGGCAUCUGAGAGAUUCCCAGCUCUGUCAGCACUGAGCUGUGCAAAAAUAACCCCAGACCUUCUGGCCACCCUGCAGUAUCUCCUAAUGCAUUGGUUUGGUUUAAAUGAUGUUUAACUAAUUCUGAGCUCUGCCCUCCCUCCCAGAGAUGUGCUGUGCAGUCAGGGCUCUCAGGUCUGCUUUCUGGGCUGGGUCUUGGGGCCCACAGGGAGGCUGGUGCUGAAUGCAGAGGAUUUUGCUGGUGGCACAGCACGUCUAUUAGCGGCUGACAGUCCUCUGGAGGAAGGCACCAUCUGUGUCCAACCUCCAGGCCAUGCUUCCCACCUGUGAGGUGACAGAAAUCCUUUGCUUUCCAGACCAGCUCACCUUUUGUAUCAGAUUUUUGUAAGGCCACAGACACGGUGGCCCCUGUGCUGCAACAACCCCAAUCAAGGUCCUGUGCUGAUCAUGAAAGCAAAUCUCUCGUUGCGCUAUGAUGUCUCUUGAGCGGUCCUUCGCCAACAGAUAGAGUUGUUUUUAAGGAGUUUUUAAUGCAAUUGCUGUAAAAUGCAGCCCAUUUCAAUCCAGGGAAUAAAACUGUGAGUUUUAGUUUAAUGUGAAUCUUUCUCCUUAGGUGGGCAAGGUUCAAACUGUUAGUAGACACCACUUUAAGGCUGCCUGAUGGAUGCUGAGCACGAGGCUUUCUGUGUGCACUAUGGUGUGCUGCUUGUAGAGGACCAGUGUGGGAGAAGGUUGGGCCUUUCCCUCUGCACCUUUCCCCCUCCCCAAACCAAAAUCAGGAGUAAUGAUCUGUUUAGAUACAGGAUGUUUCCUUUAUCUCCAUCUGGAGUGAGGCAAGCAAAGGAAUCCCUGGAGUUCUCAGCAGGUGUCUGCUGGCUUUGCUUGGGCAGAAGGAUUUAGGAAGGCUGGAAUUCAGAAACACUGAGAGCUGUUGCAACAGACUGGAAAUAAACCCUGGGACUGCCUGGGAGAAGAGCAGUUCCUGCUGUACUGCAGCGUAAUCUUGUCAAAAGCUGUGAGCAACUUCCAAACAUGGAAAUGCUGAGGUGUCCUGGGUGGGCAGAGCUGUGAGCCCCAUCCAGACAUCCCUUCUGGCCUGAUAAACGUUGCUGCUUGAGCAGGGCUCACCUCCCAGCUUCCCAUGUGCUGCUCUGCUUGGGUACAGCCCUGACUUUGUGUCUUGUUUGCAAGUGCAGCUGUCAUGAACAAAUCUUUGUAUGAUAGAAAGCUGUGUAAAUUUUAUUUUUCUACUGACACUUCUAAUCCUGGUGGCGAUGAUCAGUAAAUGCUGUGGUGAUCGAGA